GUUGGAUGCUUAACUGACUGAGCCAUCCAGGCGCCCCAAGAAAUAGAUUUUUUACUUACUUCCCUUGUGCUGUGUUGAAUAGUAUCCCUCCAAAAUUCAUGCCCAACUGGAACCUUGGAAUGUGACCUUUUUUGGAAGGAGGGUCUUUGCAAAUGUAAUUAGUUAAGAUGAAGUUACUCUGUCUUAGGAUGGGUCUGAAUCCAAUGACUAGUGUCUUUAUACAGAAAAGAGAAGGAUAUUCAGAUUCAGACACACACACAGAGGAGAUGGCCAUGUAAAGAUGGCCACAGAGGUUGGACUCAAGCUGCCACAAGUCAGGGAAAACCAGAGACCAUCAGAAGCUGGAAAAGCCAAGGAAGGAUUUUCUCCUAGAGACUUUGGAUGGACCAUGGCCCUGCCAAUGCCUUGAUUUUGGACUUCUGGCCUCCAGAACUGUGAGAAAAUAAAUUUCUGCUGUUUCAAGCUACACGGCUUGUGGUCAUGCUUAUCAUAGCAUCCCCAGGAAGCUAAUACAUCCUCUGCUCUCAAUUGUUUUAAUCAUAAACUAACAAUUCACAGAUUUGUACAUUUUUACCUAGGUCAUGAGUAUCCUUGCAUUUGUUUGUGACAAAAAAUUAUUACAAAUAUACAUUGUUUCCCCUUACAUGAUUGAUGUUGCAUAAUUCCACGUACUUACAUAGUCAUAAGGCUAUUUCACUUGAUAAAUAUGCAAGUGCACUUGAGAGAGUUAAAGAAGUUUUAUUAUCUGUAGCUAAGUAUAUGUGUACCUUACUUUAGUUUUUACAUUUGGAGGGUAAAAAUAAGUGGGCGGGAAAGGUGGAAUGCCCUUCUUGACUUGUCCAAGUACGAGAGAAAAACAGGUGUGAGAAAAACAGGAGGUUAUUAGACCUCUUAUAAGCAAUUUUCCUACACUUAUUCUUCCAAGUCUACCCAUUUAAGAUGUUGCUUGUUGAAACAUGAGUAGAGCAUAGCUCUCCAAAAACAACUUGCAAUUCAAUAAAUUAAAAAUUAAAACAAAAGGAGAGAGGUGAUGGGUGAAAUCUGUAAUGAGCUGGAAAUCUGGUAAAUCUCCAUCACUUUUCUUCCUGCCCAUUCUUGUUCUUGGCACCCUGCUUUCCAUACACACCCCAGGCACAGGUUGCUGUCCAUGUAAAAGCCAGGAAACCAUCUCUGACAGAGGUUAUCCAAAGGGCAUCUGGUUCAUAAUGCAAUACUGCCUAUGAAAACAUUUCAGCCCAAACUAGCAGUGUAGACAGACAAUUACAAAAUCAUGCUAAUAUAUGCUCAUGGGAUUAUGGUAGGAUAGGAUAGUAGAUGGUAUCUACCUGUCCCUCUUUCCUUAUCCUCAUCCCUAAUGGGGAGGGCUUUUUUAGCAUGACAGUAUAUCCAACUUAUGAGAGGAGACAACCAAAUUGAGCAAGAAAAUGAUAUCAUUGUCUCACAGGUAAUCCACUCUGAAAAAGGUCAGAGUUCAAAGCAAAACCCGACCUGCUGAUAUGGGGCUCAAACUCAGGAACCAUGAGAUCAUGAUGUGGGCCAAAACCCAUGAGCCCCUGUUUCUUCAUAUUCAUGCAGCUUUAUGACUUCGUGAUUUCCAGCUAUACAAAUGAGUCUUCCACCAGCACUGUGAAACAGUCAACAAUUCUAUUUUCUUCAGUCUCAAAGACUGGGACGGUCACCAUCUUGACACCUAUAGCAAUAUCUACAAUGACAACACCAGGGUUCUCAACAAAUGUAACUUUCACCACCUCAGUUUCACAAAACAUACCCCAGAUGCCAUCGACAAUGACCACAACCCACAACAGUUCAGUGACAUCUGUUACUUCAGCAGUAACAAUCACAGCAACUAUUAAUUCUAAAGAAAAUACAUUAUCAAAAUUUGAUAUUGGCAGCUUUGUUGGUGGUAUUGUAUUAACUGGAAAUCUGUCGAUUCUUUACAUUGGAUGCAAAAUGUGUUAUUCAAGAAGAGGCAUUUGGUAUGGAACCAUGUGAGUUUUGAUUAGCCAGGACUUUAUUAUAAUUUCUGUGUUUCUUUAAAUGUCA